CUCCAUCUCACUGCCCAAGAUUCAGGUCUUACCUGCUUCUUCAGGGGAGGAAAACAAGCCCGGGAUGGUGGAGCUGGAGGGGUUAUAAAGGGUGUGAAGUGUGAGGCUGCUCAGAAUUCCAGCACCAUGGGCCAAAUCCUGCAGCUCCUCUGCCUCCUCCUGCUCCUCAAUUCCUGCCCCUGCGCCGUCAUCACUGGGGCCUGCGAGCGGGACCCUCAGUGUGGCCGCGGGACCUGCUGUGCCACGAGCCUGUGGCUGAGGGGGCUGCGGGUCUGCACCCCCCUGGGCCGGGAGGGGGACGAGUGUCACCCCUUCAGUCACAAGGUGCCUUUCUUUGGGAAGCGCCAGCACCACUCCUGCCCCUGUCUGCCCAACCUCCUGUGCUCCAGGUUCCUCGACAGCCGCUUCCGCUGCUCCGGCCACUUCAAAAACAUCGAUUUUUAGGGGGAUUCUCCCUAAAAACCCACCCCUGAGCCCACAGCACCCGUGUCUUGCCCUUUCCUGUGGCUGUCAGGUGCCCACAGAGCACCAGGCAGCCUCAAAGUGCUUUUCUGGGGUGGGCGGUGUCGUUUUGAGCUGUUCUGUGGGGAAAUCGAGGCCAAGCUGCUCCAACACGUGGCUCAACAAAGCUCUGUCCCAGCAAAGCUCUGUCCCAGCAAAGCUCUGCCCCAGCCCAGAGCAGGAUCCGGCUCCAGCAUCCUCUGGCUGUCCCUGGAUUGAGGGACAGUGCGUGGCAAAUGUCUGUGGCCUCACAAAUCCCUUUUUCCCAAGCUGUUGGCUCCAUGUCCUGGAUGCUUCCAGGGAGUUCCCACCCCCCUGCUUUGUUUUAUCCAGCAAAAGUCAAGGAUGAGGAAAUUUGAGGAGUGAAAGUAGAUGCCAAGCAGCCAAGAGCUUCCUCCCAUGUUUUUUAAUCCUGGCACAUGACAAAUUUUGGGAUGUGAAGCUGAGCAGCAUCAUCUCAUGUUCCAGAGCAUCUGCAGGGCUGGGGGAGAUGUAGUUUAACCUAUUUUAUGUUUUUCAGUUGUUUACAAGGAAAAACAAAAAUCAAAGGGGCAGAAACUUCAUUUUGUGGGGAGGUGGAGCAUUUUGAUCAACACCCAAAAACUGCAGCUUGUGCCCAAACUGUCCCAAAUCCAAAUCCUCUGCAGCAUCCUCAGAGCUGCUUUAUCCCUGCAAUUCCCACUGGAUAAAUCAGUUCUGUAAUGAUGAUUCCCACAGUGAUACUGCCCAGUUGUGGCUUCUCAGGAUGAUCUAAUCUGACCCACAAUUAAAUCAAAUCCAUACCAAGUAGCUGUGGGGAAUUAAGGAAUGGCUUUUCCCAAAGUUCAGGCAGGAAGGGGAUGAAGCAGAGCUGGUUGGAGCCAUGUUGUGCCAGA